CAAAGUAAGCUAAUAACAUUCGAGUCAACCGUCUGCCUAUCGGUCCAAAAAGGCUACCCAAGCAAUCACCAGGUAGACCGCUCUCCGGAGAUUUUCCUUUCCCAUUCCUUCCUUCCUUCCUUCCUUCCUUUGACCUUUACAACCUCAAAUCUGACCAAGACAUCCGAACUGGGGAAGGCUCGGAAGCUCAGAUAUCAGCUUCCUGGUGAGAGUUUUGGGGACCCUUUUGCUCGUCAGUGAAAAAGCUCGAGUCUUGAUCCUGCUUCGAGUGCUGUGCUGAAUUUGGGGAGGUGGGCUUUGCUGCUUUUCACUGUUGGGGCAACUUUCCCCCGAUCUUUUCUCUGACAGAUCUUUGUUGGGCACAAGAUCUUUGCUCGCGGGUGUGUUUCUCUGUCUUCUCAGGUCCCCUGCAGCUGCAUCUUAGGAAUUUAUAGCUCAUAGAAGCUGUCUCUUGUGAAUCUGAAAACCUCAGCUUUGGUCUGUUGUCUUCUUCAUGGGGGUCUGUUGGAGCAACAAAAUCAAAGCAGAGACUCCCUAUCAUACAGGUGUAAACUCGAGAAAUGUAAGCCGAGAUGAUGGGAACGACUUGAGCAACUUAAGUGGCAAAGUCUCAUCGGCUUCGGUGCCACAGACUCCUAGAAGCGAAGGUGAAAUCCUGCAGUCCUCUAAUUUAAAGAACUUCAGCUACAGUGAACUAAAGAUGGCCACGAGGAAUUUCCGACCCGAUAGUGUACUUGGAGAAGGCGGAUUUGGUUCGGUGUUCAAAGGUUGGAUUGAUGAGCAAACGCUUGCGCCUUCAAAGCCCGGGGCUGGCAUUAUGAUUGCUGUGAAGAAGCUUAACCCAGAAGGGUUUCAGGGUCACAAGGAGUGGUUGGCAGAAAUCAACUACCUCGGGCAGCUACGCCAUCCUAACCUUGUGAAGUUGAUCGGAUUUUGCCUAGAGGAUGAGCACAGGCUUCUCGUCUACGAGUUCAUGUCCCGGGGCAGCAUGGAGAACCACCUCUUCAGGAGAGGAACAUAUUUUCAGCCCCUCUCUUGGAGCCUUAGGAUGAAAAUUGCCCUUGAUGCAGCUAAGGGGCUCGGUUUCCUUCACAGCGCCGAACCAAAAGUCAUUUAUCGUGACUUCAAGACUUCAAAUAUUCUGCUUGAUUCGAGCCACAAUGCGAAGCUAUCGGACUUUGGAUUGGCGAGGGAUGGGCCCACUGGUGAUAAGAGCCACGUGUCUACACGUGUCAUGGGGACUUAUGGUUAUGCUGCUCCUGAGUAUCUUGCCACAGGCCAUCUCACUCCGAAGAGCGACGUAUAUAGCUUUGGCGUGGUCCUCCUGGAAAUGCUUUCGGGAAGGCGAGCAAUAGACAAGAACCGGCCAACUGGGCAGCACAACCUCGUGGAGUGGGCGAAACCCUACUUGACCAACAAGAGGAGAAUUUUCCGAGUCAUGGAUACCCGUCUCGAGGGCCAGUACUCCCUUGAGCAGGCCCAGAAGGCCGCCAACCUUGCCGUCCAGUGCAUAUCCAACGAGGCGAGGGCCCGCCCCACCAUGGACGAGAUAGUGGCCACCCUGGAGGAGCUUCAGGGGUCGAAGAACCGGAAGGACCGGCGCUUAAGUUUGCAUGGGAAUCGCAGGUCCAACCCAAAAUCUCGCCGAGGCUCCGCCAAUGAAGGGUCUAAAAUGGCUUCCGCUGCCUCGUCUUACCCGAGGCCUUCGGCCUCUCCCCUCUAUGCCUUGUAGAGACUUCCGGAAGUAUUUAUCGAGGAGCCGACAGUUGAAUGCGUGUCUCAUCUACGGUACCACGGAGGAUCUCGUCCCAUGUACAGUGUUGAUUAUUAGGCUAAUCUUGUCAUGUAAUGGAGUCAUUAGUGUGUUCAAAACUGUAUGGACAGCUUGCUGAAUGGUUGAGGGACUCGCAAAUUUUGUCGAGGUUUUCUUGGUCUACUAACCUUUUUCUC